CCAGGUUAGUAGCAAAGUCCAGCUGCUGGGUCAAUCACAAGCAGCGCUGACAUUACAUUACAGUUUGCUACGCUGAAACACGAUAAAAAGAAAACUAAUUCAGUGAAAAGACAGGACAAGAAACUGACAACCAUGGACACCACCUCUUCAUUUAUCAAAUCUGUAUCAAAGCGUGUGUGGUCUCCAACUCAGCGUCCUUUCAGAAUUUGUGGUCACAACAGGACGACGAGGAAGGGCAUCACAGCGGGGACCCUGGAGGAGCUGAAAGAGAGGGUGUGCCAGGCGUUGCUGCUGUCCCUCUCUGCGUUAUCUCUGUCUCUGGUUUGUGAGGAGGACGGCACAGAGGUGGACUCAGACGAGUUCCUCAUGACCCUGCCAGACAACACCAUGCUCAUGGCCCUGGAGCCCGGACAGACAUGGAGACCACCAGCUGGUGCAGUCGCACUCAAAUCUCAGGACCACAACAAGCCAAGGACCGGGAGAGACAUAGCUCGAGUCACUUUUGAUCUUUAUAGGAUCAGCCCCAAAGACCUCUUUGGUUCCCUGAGUGUUAAGGCCACAUUUCAGGGCCUGUACUCAGUGAGUGCUGACUUUCAGUGUCUAGGACCCAAGAAGAUCCUCAGGGAAACCCUACGUUUGGCCUCCACCCUCCUACAAGCUGCUGGGCACCUGCUUAUCACCUCCGCCUCUAUGAUACGCCGCAUUAUCGAAGGAGCAGAGCUUUGGCAGCCACAGAGGGGGGAAUACACAGCCAGCUGGAACUGAUGGAGCACAAAGAGAUCAGUGUAGCUGUAAAAUGAAGUAAACAGUGUUUUUGUGGUGUGUGGCUCCUGUACUAGUUUUAGGGUGGUAUAUGUUAAGAGAGUCAAUCCUAAAUGUUUUGAAUAAACCUCAGCCUAUUAAACAUGAUGCUACAGAAAUGAAAAUGACCUAGUUAGACAGGCACAGUCUGGAUGGCGAGAGAAUAAGUCAUUGCUUGUGCUGCACUUUUUGAGUUGAUGUGCAAUGUUUUACAAAAGACAUACAAGAGCUGAACUGUAUUUUUGUUUAUUUUGUAUUAUACAGGUAAAACCUAUCAACAAGUGAUAGAAAACAACUGAAAA